GGGAAGGCGGCGGGGCCGUGCCCUCAGGAGCGGCGAGGCGGGCGGCCUUGGCGAGCUCGGAGCCUUCGCCCGGCUACUGCACCCACCCUCUCCCACGGAGCUGCCCGGGCAUGAGCUGGGGAUUUAAUUACUUUUCUAAUUUUGAUGGGGAUUUACGGUGCUCUGCGGGGGGAGGGAGAUUCAGCGGUCCCUCGCCCUUUGGGAACGGAAAUGUACAUCUCAUGAGGAGGCAGCUGGCAGGGAAAAGCUGAAUAAAUCUGUGUGUUGAUGACGAUUAAUCAGUUAUUUUCCUUUGAGGCAACAGAUGUGAGGUCGCGCCGUGGAGCUCCUUGGGAUCGCCCCCGACGCGGGGAGCCGAGCUCUGCUGCCAUUUUCCGCCAGCCCAAGCCCAAGGGGAGUUGCAGGGAGUGGGUCCCUGUCACACCCGCAGGCUGGAAGGACACCACGGUAUCCAGGUCUUGCUCACCUGCCCUUGGCAGUGGUGACUGGAAUCCUUCAGGUGUGCCAGCACACAACAGCAGCAAGACAACGGUUGACUAAGCAGGAGGAUUUUUUUCAUACCUAAAGCUUUUAAUAGGUGAUCAAUACUUUAUUGCAUGCUUUUUCACUAUGAAGGCCAUGGAGGAUCAAGUAGUCCAAGAAGAACCAGGAUACCAGGAGGAUGAGGAAUCCUUUUUUCAGGAUAUUGACCUGCUUCAGAAGCAUGGAAUUAAUGUAGCAGAUAUUAAAAAGCUGAAGGCAGUUGGGAUUUGCACAAUCAAAGGAAUCCAGAUGACCACAAGAAGGGCACUGUGCAAUGUGAAGGGGCUCUCAGAGGCCAAAGUGGACAAGAUUAAAGAAGCUGCAAACAAGCUUGUUGAACCAGGCUUCCUCACCGCCUUUGAGUACAGUGAAAAACGGAAGAUGGUAUUUCAUAUUUCCACUGGCAGCCAGGAAUUUGAUAAACUUCUGGGUGGUGGGAUUGAAAGUAUGGCAAUCACUGAGGCCUUUGGAGAGUUCCGGACAGGCAAAACCCAGCUAUCUCACACUCUUUGUGUGACAGCUCAGCUCCCAGGACCAAAUGGCUACACAGGUGGAAAGAUUAUCUUCAUUGAUACUGAAAACACUUUCCGACCAGACCGCCUGCGUGACAUUGCUGAUCGCUUCAACGUUGACCACGAGGCAGUACUUGACAACGUGCUCUAUGCACGUGCAUAUACCAGUGAGCAUCAGAUGGAAUUGCUUGACUACGUAGCAGCCAAGUUCCAUGAGGAAGCUGGUAUCUUCAAGUUAUUGGUACAAGACUUCUGUAUGCUUACGGUUCUCAGAAUAAGUGUUCCUGUUUUCUUUCACUAUAUUUACUUACCUAGCAUGAUUACAAUGCAGAUCAUUGACUCCAUAAUGGCACUUUUCCGUGUGGAUUUCAGUGGUCGCGGAGAGUUGGCCGAACGACAACAGAAACUAGCUCAGAUGUUGUCAAGGCUCCAAAAAAUAUCAGAAGAAUAUAACGUGGCCGUGUUUGUGACCAACCAGAUGACUGCUGACCCAGGAGCAACUAUGACCUUUCAGGCAGACCCAAAAAAGCCCAUCGGGGGCCACAUCCUUGCUCAUGCUUCGACUACCAGGAUCAGUUUGAGGAAAGGGAGAGGGGAGCUACGUAUUGCAAAGAUCUACGACAGCCCUGAGAUGCCUGAAAAUGAAGCCACAUUUGCAAUAACCACUGGAGGGAUUGGGGAUGCCAAAGAAUAGGUAAAAAAAUGAUGUAAACAUACAGCUAAAAACCAGCUGGGCAGCUGGGAUGAAGAUUUAUGAAACCUCAACAACUACCUAUGGCUGCAUUUGUAGCUUUUGGGAGAUAUUUAAGAUAUUUUGGGAGAACACUGGGAUGGACUUUGUAUAGUUCAGUUUUACUGAACUAAAAUUUUGGUCAUGUAGGAUUUUUGUUCUUCAAUUGAACUUUUGGCAUGCAAAGAUUUAAACCAUUAGAUUGUGAAUUGUUCUUAGAAUCUUUUUCCUACCUUUUGUGAAAAUCAAACCUGUCCUUGCACAUGGGAGUGAAUAUACUCUUUCUUAAUUUAUUUCAAAGAGAGUGUCUAAGCAGUAGAAUUUAACAGUGUGAAAUGCAACAGAACUGGAAUAAACUCAGUUAUAAAAUUGACAUAUAUAGAUGGAAAAGGCAGUGGGAGGAACAACAGCUCAAGAACUUGACAGAUUUUCAUGUACUGUAGAGGAACAAGUAGUUUUAAGAAUACAUUUUUAAACAUUUUUAUCUUGACUAGAUAAUGCUCAUGUUUUUAUUUAGCAUUUCCUACUUUUUGGACAGAAUGUUUUAAACCUGUUGUUAUUAAAGUUAAAAAUAAAGACUAUGAAUUAUAACAGAA